AAUGCGGAUGAAAUGUGUUUACUUUAUGCAUGUGAAUUUUUAUCACAAGUAGAUUGGACGACAUGGCUGUACUGAGUAUGUACCGAAUUCUCCGGGAAAAUUGGUUAGAAUUUGCUGUUGUAGGAUUAGUGACUUGUGGAGUUAUUUUAAUACUGACGCUCGUUGUGCGGGCGAUUCAGUUGAGAUAUGCAUUCAAAGGAUUCCCCGAGCCGGAAGGUAAACAUUGGCUUCUGGGUCACAUGAAACUGUUUUUAGGGAAAGGGGGGAGUAAUACUCGACUACAACGAGCUUUACAGUGGACAGCCAAAUAUCCCAAAUUCUUCAUCACGUACUUUGGUCCGCUAAGAGUGGCGUGUACCCUCAACCAUCCAGAUACAGUCAAAGUCCUACUAAAGGGAGCAGAUCCCAAACCUGCUGGUUUUGGUGAAGCGUAUCGUCACGCGCUUCCAUGGCUGGGAGAAGGGCUUCUGAUUGCCGGAGGUAAAAGGUGGGCAAGAUCUCGACGUCUGCUGACACCAGCAUUCCACUUCGACAUUCUCAAACCCUAUAUCUGUGUGUACAGAGAAUGUGCAGGACUUUUGGAGGGAAAUAUUGAGAGGUUUGCUAAGGAAGAGAAAAGUUUUGAAGUAUUUAGUCAGGUGUGUCUUUGUACACUAGACAUCAUUCUAAGGUGUGCCUUCUCUUACCAGACAAAUUGCCAGACUCAAAGUGGUGAAGUUCAUCCAUACGUGAAAGCAGUCAAUGAAAUAGCAGAUCUUUGGUUCUACAGAAACAGGACACCUUGGUUGUACCCAGACUUUAUAUACUACAACACAGAGGAGGGGAAAAGAUUCCUUAAGAACUGCAAUUAUGUCCACAAUGUCGCAACAGAAGUCAUGGAAAAGAGACGAAAAGAGCUGGAAACAGUAGAUCUAACUUCUAAACGAUAUCUAGACUUUCUGGAUAUCCUUCUCACAGCGAAAGAUGAAAAGGGUGUAGGACUCUCAGAUGAAGAAAUAAGGAAUGAGGUGGACACUUUUUUAUUUGAAGGUCACGACACAACAGCCAGUGCAAUAUCGUGGAUCCUAUACUCACUCUCCCAGUAUCCAGAAUAUCAAAGAGAAUGUCAAAAGGAGAUAGACCAGAUUAUAUCAGAGAGCGAAGAUGGGGAAAUAGGAUGGGAGGAUUUGGGAAAGCUACCAUUCCUGACACAAUGUAUCAAGGAGGGAAUGCGGCUGCAUUGCCCUGUUCCCUUUAUUGCCAGAAGCAACACAGCACCCAUUACCAUUGAAGGACACAAGAUUCCAGCAGGAACAAACUUAGUGGCGAACAUCUGGUGCCUCCAUCACAAUCCCAUGGUCUGGGGCCAAGAUCACAUGGAAUACAAACCAGAGCGAUUCUCCAAAGAAAAUCUUGCCAAAAUGGACUCCUUUGCUUUCCUGCCAUUCUCAGCAGGCCCCCGAAACUGUAUUGGGCAACACUUUGCAAUGAAUGAAGAGAAAAUAGUACUUGCAAAGCUCCUUCACAGGUUUUCAUUCUCCUUGGACAAAGACCACGAAGUUGAACAUAAUGCAGUGGCUGUGAUGAGAGCCUUAAAUGGCAUACAAUUAUAUGCUAAAGAAAGAUGACACCCAGCAUUUACAGUGGCAGUGUACAGAUAAGCAACACCUGGUCUUGAACUACAUAAAAGUUGACGAAAAUUACGUCCAUCUGGUGACAAUACAACUUUAAAGUUGCAUAAAUGAUCUUUCAUAAAUGAAAAUAAAACAGCGUAAUAAAGACAGAAAAUAGUUUAUUGGUGAAGAAUUUCUAAAUGUCAAUUCAUCAGAAACUUAAAAAUAUGCUUGCAUGAUUGAAAUAAAAAUAAUUUUGGAUGGAUACUGAAUAAAAAAUUGUAUCAUCUAUCACAGUUAUUGUAGGUAUUGUAUACAAGUAUAAAUAAAUCAUCCCUGUAAUGGAAGAAAUUUAUAUUCAAAACCGAGUAUGUGCGAUUUAAUUCAGAUUUUUAUACUGAUAAUUUCUGGAUGUCAUUUUGUCAGCUACUAGUAUUUAUUUUCCAUCAAGCAUAACUAAUAAAAUGUUGGUGUAUCAUU